UUAUAAUUAUCCAAAAAAAAGCCAGAAUCUUGGUCCUGAGAAAAAGAAGUUCUACGGCCCUAUAUCAUAUGGACUAAUACAAUUCAUUCUCAAUUUUGCAUCUCUCUCUGCCGCCGCUCCAGUUGGGUCCUCCGGCCAACCCGCUUCACCGUUCUCUACCCUUCAUCUCUCUAUCAGUUGUAAAAAGAAGAUAAUUAUGUCGGAAAAUGGGACAAACUCAACUCUUAGCAAGUCAACCGGCCUGCCCCGGAAGCGUUUUUACCGAGCUAGAGCCCACAGCAACCCUCUGAGUGACUCUCACUUUCCCAUUCCAAUCUCCCCGACUAAUGUUGAUUAUUCCACUCACUAUCCCCAAUUAUUUCCUUCAUCAGAACGGAAGGAAGGGUCUAAGAAUAUCGAGUUUGCAGACAUUGGUUGUGGUUUUGGAGGCCUUCUAAUCAGCCUUUCAACUCUUUUCCCUGAGACAUUGAUGAUUGGAAUGGAGCUAAGGGAUAAGGUGACUGAGUAUGUCAAAGAAAGGAUUGUAGCUUUAAGGGGUGCAAAUCCAGGUCAAUACCAAAAUGUAUCAGUGGUUCGGACAAAUUCCAUGAAAUACAUUCCGAAUUACUUUGAGAAAGGGCAGCUUUUAAAGAUGUUUUUCCUAUUUCCUGAUCCUCACUUCAAAGAGAAGAAUCAUCGGCGUCGGGUGAUCAGUCCACACUUGUUAGAUGAGUAUGCUUAUGUUCUACAAGUUGGCGGGGUCAUAUACACUAUCACCGAUGUGGAAGAACUUGGAGACUGGAUGAAGACUUGCUUAGAGAAUCACCCUUUGUUUGAAGCUCUCACAAAUGAAGAGCUUGAAGCUGACCCGGUCAUCAAGCUCUUGAGUUCUGCAACCGAGGAAGGACAAAAGGUUGCUAGAAAUGGGGGGCAGACUUUCGAAGCUGUUUUCAGACGCAUUGCAACAUCUUUGUGAGUUUUCUGUUUUUUUUAGUCGAUUUUUGGAUGAUUGGCGGCAGAUUUUGGUUUUGUUAGUUUAUCAUCAAAUUAUAAAAUCAGGAAAAACAGCCGAGUGUUUGAACAGUUCCAUUAGUUUUCGUGACAUUGAGCUGUAGUGAAUUCAAACUUUCCUUUUCCAGAAAUUGUAUUAAUGCAUUUGAUAGGGACAGAGACUAGCUACGUUAACCACUGGCCUCAACUUUUCACAUGCUUUUUGUGG